CAGCCAGCCAUCUAACCAACUACGGUGCACCGCCAACUACGGCAGCGGCUCGAUGUGGGUGUUGCCGACGGCACAAUCUAAUCUGAUCGCUGCGAUGUGCAAGCAGCCUGCAAGAGGGGCACCGUCAGACGCAGCCGGCCCGAUUGGCUGCUGGCCGUGGGCGUCCUGCCAGCCCUCACGAGUCACAGUACGCUUCGGUCCAGUCCUGACAGUGGUUCGGCCCAACCCCAACCCAAUCCCCAACCCCCAAUCCCCAAUCCUCAUCGACCCGAUAUACCCCACGGGCUUCCUGCUGCUCUUCCGACCGUUGUCCAACGACUGUUCUCAGGCCUCGUCGCAUUCCCACCCGUCGCAUGUGUUGCUGUUGCUGGGGACGGCGUCAACUCGCCGACAGCAUCAGCAUCAGCAUGUGCAUGUGCAGCCUUUUAAAGGGCCUAGGAGCUGGCUAUUUCCUCACAAUCGGCCGCCAUGGCCAGGAUCGAAACUCAGGUUUAGGGUUGCUUCUUCCACCGUCCACCCCUCCAAUGUCCACCCCUCAAACCCCUCCCAUCCCCCCCCUCCACCACUCCACCACUCCACUGCUCUGCACCGUCCGCGCACGGUGUCGUGUCACUAUGUCAACGGGGAGCUUUCGCCCUUCUUCAGGAACCGGUCACCGCUCACGUAUGGCCACUGCUCGCCGCUGGGUGGCCGUGCAUGGGUGUCGUGCAAAUUGAUUGAUUGCGUCGGUCUGUCUGUCGGUUCGGUGCGGUAGGAAAGUCACGAUCCCCCGAUCAGGAAUGACGACAACAACGUGUGCGCUGCAGAGAGGUUUUUAACUAUCGCGGAUCGCUGGUUGGUGGCCGCGGUGACGCAGCGCCAUGCUUCCCCCCACCACCAAAACUUGACUGGCGCGAUCGAGAGUUAAUACUUCUCGUCUGUCUGCCUGCCCCGUACAUAGGUAGACUAGCUCCUCGUCAACCCCUCGGAAAAACCGCCAGUAUCGCUGGGAAGAAGAUUCACACUUCGAUCUGA